UUACUCUAUUAGUUUGCAUUCAUUUAUCAUUAGAUUCAUCAGUAUAACUACACUAACCUUUGAAAAUGUCUUUGUUUCUCAAAUUUGUGUUUGGAAUGUUUCUGCUGACCGUUUUUGUGGAGGCCCACGAUAAAGUCGUAGUCUGCUACUACGGCACAUGGGCCACCUACCGCUCCGGCGACGGCAAGUUCUCCGUGUCGGACAUCGACACGUCGCUAUGCACCCAUCUCGUUUACACCUUCGCCGGGAUCAACAAUGAUGGGACGGUUGUCUCGCUCGAUCCGUAUCUUGAUCUGGCUGAUAACUAUGGUUUAGAUAAUUUUAACAAAUUCAACGCAUUGAAACAGCAGAACGCCAAGUUGAAAACUAUUCUGGCCGUGGGUGGAUGGAAUGAAGGAUCCGCUAAAUAUUCUACGAUGGCAGCCUCCGCCACCCAACGAAAGACCUUCAUCACCACCGCCAGAGACAUGCUCCUGAACUACGGUUUCGAUGGCCUAGACAUAGACUGGGAGUACCCGAACCAACGUGAUACAACUCAAGGGGCUGCUGAUGUGGAAAACUUUUCUUUGUUACUGAAAGAAUUGAGGGAAGAGUUUGAUAAACAUGGCUUGUUGAUUACUGUAGCUGUUGUAGCUGUGAAGCAGAGUGCAUCGCUGUCCUACGACAUUCCUACAAUAUCCAAGUACGUCGACCUCAUCAGCAUCAUGGCAUACGACAUGUACGGCGCCUGGGAUUCGGUCACAGGACACAACGCACCCCUUCACGAAGACAAGGAUAGAAUCUAUGCUGUUGAUGCUGCUUUGAACUAUUGGCUAACACAAGGCUGCCCCCCCGAAAAGCUUGUCCUGGGCUUACCCUUCUACGGCAGAACUUUUACCUUAACCGAUGCUAGUGUCAAUGGGGUAGGAGCUCCAGCAAGCGGCGCUGGUUUAGCCGGACAAUAUACUGCUACAAAUGGCUUAAUAGGGUACAACGAGUUCUGCAAUAAACUAAAUACGGAAACCUGGGACGUCCUUUACGAUUCCAUAGCUCAAGUACCAUAUGCAGUCCAAGGCAAUAACUGGGUAUCGUACGAUGACCCUAAUUCCUUAGUCAAGAAGGUGGAAUAUGCUAUGAAUCUCGGCAUUGGCGGUGCCAUGGUCUGGAGCAUCGAAACUGAUGACUUCCACGGAAAAUGUGGAGAGGAUUUUGCUUUAUUGAAGGCUAUUAAUAAUGCCUUAGCUGGAAGUGGUUCCACUUCAACUACUACAUCCUCAACUACUCCUAGUACAACAGUCUCUUUAACUACUUCUACUAGUACUACAGCUUCUACAAAUCCAUCUACUACUGCUGCUAGUACUACGGUUUCUUCAACUAAAGCGCCUACAAGUACUACGUCUAGUCCUACUACGCAAUCUACUGCAAAAACUACGACAACAACAGCAUCAACGACAUCUGUAUUGUGCACCCAAGAAGGUCCAAUAGCCAACCCCGACGACUGCUCAACCUUCUUCAUCUGCGUUAUGGGAGGGUACGGCCUGGAAACCAGGCUCAUGGAAUGUCCUAACGACUUGGUGUGGGAUGACACUAAUAAAUACUGCAAUUAUAAGUACCUUGUCAAAUGUUAAACUUGA